AUGAAGAGCAGAAGGAGAGACAGAGAUCAGGGACUUUUCAUCGAUAGCCUGUUCAACAAUCGCAAUGAGGAGCUGGCCGAUGAGUGGGUCAAAUUUGCAAUCAACAGGGACAACCAGGCCAAAUUGAUCGAGUUUGUACGAAAAUACCGUCCUGGAUCUGCUCAACCCAAGAUGCUAUACAUCCCUGUCCGCGGCAGCUAUAAUAUCAACUGGCGGCUGGAAUUCGAUGAUGGCCUCUCCACCAUGAUUCACAUUCCCAUUCCCCACGCUGUCGCCUUCCCUGAUGAGAAGAUCCGAGCCGAGGUCGCUGCCAUGAGGCUUGUCCGCGAAAAUACCACCAUUCCGGUGCCCGAGAUCUACGCAUGGGGUACCUCGGCCGACAACCCAACGGGCUACGGGCCGUUCAUCGUCAUGGAGUAUAUCAAACACACCAAGUAUCUAGAACACGUUAUCAAAGACCGGAUGGAGAGUGUGGGAAGCAACGACCCGAAAAAGGGCAUGCCCGACAAGACGCUGCUCAAGGCCUACCGCCAGAUGGCAAAUAUCAUGCUGCAGCUCUCCACCAUCGAGGGCUCAGCCAUAGGUUACCCGUCUUUGUCUAAAGACCUAACGAACAAGCAAUCAACGCCUUCGUCUUCAUCAUCGUCCAAGGUGCCCUUCUCACUCCAUUCUACGCAUCAGCCACAGUCCCGCGUCUCAAGAGUGCAUCGCCGUCUUAUCUCUCAAAGCACGAAUGAUCUGAUCACAAUGGGCGGACUCCCGCCCAGUGUUCUUCCCCCCACCAACAAGACGUACAACACAUCGCACGAGUACUACGAGGCCAUGGCAGACAUGCACCUAGCCCAUUUGACAUUCCAGCGUAACAAUACCGUGCUAGGUCGUUCAGACGGCCGAGAAUCCUACGUCGCGCGUCAGCUGUUCCGGAGGCUCGCGAGGGACGGACAGCUGACCCAAGACGACGAGCACGAUGACAAUGCGGUGGCGGGACAGCAGAAAGAGCUUUUCAAGCUCUGGUGCGACGACAUGCGGCCCACCAGCGUGCUGCUUGACGAAAACGAUGACGUCGUCGGCGUUAUUGACUGGGAAAUGUCAUAUUUCGCCCCCACAUCCUUCCACUACAAUCCGCCCUGGUGGCUUGUCAUAGACAGGCCCGAGUUCUCGGGUUCGGGCUUGAGUUCUUGGGUCAAGGAGUACGAGAGGCGCCUGCCCUUGUUCUUGAAGGCCAUGGAAUUGGAGGAAGAGGUGCUGAAAGAAGCCAGAGAGAAGGCGAAAGACGGACGCGGCAGUCUAGACAACCACCAGAAGCUCUUGACCGUUGCCGAAGCAGGCAAGGGUGGGCACCCACUAAUACCAAUGUCCAAACGGAUGAAGCGAAACUGGGAUAACGGCAGGUUCUUCGUGGAUUAUUGUGCUAGAAGGGGCUAUGCUUUUGAUCCCAUCUACUGGAAGUAUAUAGACAAGAAGUUUUUCGGGAAAAAUAAGAAGACAGGCCUCCUGUUGAAGAAUCACGGAUACAAGGGAAGACUGCAUCUUCUCUCUGAGAAAGAGAGGGCACAAAUGGAGCCAUUCGUCGCGUGGAAGAUGGAAGCCUGGGAUGGUGAGAAGGUGAUUGAAUGGGACCAGAAAGACGCCCAAGCUGUCCUGGCAGCAUGUUUGGCUGGGAAGCUGGGCGACAUCAAAAUACCAAAACCGCGCGUGAUUCCAUGGACUAUGACGGACCGUUCAUCUAGUCCGCCAUCUCCAGCUUGA